GAGACACAACACAGCAGCAUCACCCGCUUCGCUUGGAGUUUAAUGGCGUUGAUUCGUAGUCAAGUUGUAAUCAACAAUGAAACUGCUGGCGUUAUAAAAUUUGUGAAGCACCAUGACUACGGUGGCAAUCUACCAAACACCCCGUACCCAGAGGAGAUUCAACCUGCCGAGUGGGCAGAAUUUCUGCACCACGGCAGCGUUGGAAACCCCAGUCAAUCUAUCGGCGCUGUCGUCUAUCGCUGCACGAAUGGAGCCGGGCAAGAGUGGGAUUGGAUGAUGUCUUGGUCGAACAUAUAUGGGAUAACCCACAACGCAGGGUUUAUACUGAGAUCAUGGUAAAAGGCCAUUAUGAAAAUGAAAAUGAGGAUGUUUGGCCGGAAAUUCUAAUACGGUUGAACCAGGGGUCUGUCCACAGCGAGGCAAAGUGGGAGAAGUUGUCAGCCACUUUCGAUGUGGUGCCAGAUGAUGAUGAUGACGACGCCAUAUUCAAGGGAAUAAUUAAACCAAACUAGAAAGUUUCGACUUGGUCGAGAUGCUCAUCCAUCAUGUAUAUGCAGCGCCAACGAUCUCUCUCUCUCUCUCUCCAU